GGUUGAUAUUGUUGUGUUGAUCCCAUUAACUUUCAUUAUUUUUUUACAUUUAUAAAUAGAGAACCCAACUUUAUAAGACUACCUAAAGGUUUUUCCUCCAUUCAGAAAGUAAAUUUUCAAAUCGGUCUAGAAAUGCUUGAGAAAUCGAUGUACUGCCAUAAAAAAAUAUGCAGAACGAAAUUAAGAAAAUACAUUUUAGAAAUAAGGGCAAUAUAUGUUGAAACUUGUAUGAUAAGUUGGAUCCGGCAGUUGGUGCGUUCUGUAAAUCUUUAUAAACAUUCGACCCUUUUCUUCCAUAUCACUGAGUUCCUUUUGGCAAGGUUUGAUGGUAUAUUUUUAUUUUCGUGUCGUAAAAUAAGAAUUUCUCCGGGAACAUGUGGACUGUGUAUUAACCAGCAACUUCUUGCGAAAUAUUUUAUUGCACGCACACAAAGAAAGUGUUGUACGUUUUAUCGUAUUACUUUGCAUAUCCUUACCACCAAGCAAUUUAAUAUACGGUCGCCUCUGGUGCAGCGGUGCUUAUUGAAGAAACGAACUAGGUUCGAGUCCAUUUUCAUGCAUCACUCUUAGCUUCUUAAUCAUCAAAACGGGCUGUUGCUAAUCCAAUCUUUUAUAAAAGGAACCUGUAUUGAAUUUUUCAUUUGAAUGUAUUAAUCAAUAAUCUUCACAACAUCGACGAUAGAGAAUUUUUUUCCUUAUGUCCUGUUCCUGUACGAAUAUAACAUGUGGUUGGUCCGACAACAGACAACAGUAACUUCGCACAAAGUCACCGGCUUAAUCUUGUAUGUGCAAAUUACUUUAUCGCAUUACUUUACAUAUGCUUGCCAAUAUUCAAAACGAAGUGACUCAUCGAAGUGAAAUUACCUCGUGCAGUAUUAAAAUUUAAUGUUUUAUGUAUUACUCAUUAACUUGUAAAGUAUGUUUUUUUUCUGUUUUUUACUGUCUAUUCAACAAAAUUGCGAAGUGUAUAGAGUCGAAUAAUUUGACUGUAAUCGUUGACGGCUUGAAUCAAUUAUAGUUUUCUUUUUGUUUUUAAGCUUUUAAAUUUUAACCAAUUAAACUUCAUCGUCAUAUUAUCAGACGAUGAGUUUUCCAGCACCUUGGGACCCUACACAUAUAUAAAUUUGGCAAACUAUUAUUUAAGACCAUCAUUCGUUAUAUGUAUUAAAAAAAUGUUUUCGUUUUUCACAUACAUGUAAUUACCUGUUGGGUACUGGGUUGGUAUACGUAUACGUUUUGUUCCAUAUAAAAAAAGAAAUGUCGGAUGACAACCCUAAAUAAUGACAUGGUCUCCAAACAACUGCGGACCGUUUUUUUCCAUUAUCUACCCAUUAGAAACUUACAACCAAAAUAGGUACUAAUCUGAAUGGUAAUUAUACCCGAGCCGUGGGUACAAAAUCACCGAUAUUUUGGGCUAUUUCCUUUGAUUUAUUAUGUACCUCGCUACUGUUGUACGCUUAACAGAAACACUGUAACAGCCAUCACACUUUCAACCCUAUUCCCAUAUUCACUAAAUCCAUUUUAACUUAACAAAUCGUUCAGCUACCUUAACUAAAGUUAACAUUGUAAUAAAGACUCCAAGUUAUAUAUAAAUAAGGUUGAAAUUGGUUAGUAUGUGGUACAGUUGUGGCUUAGUGCCGUUCAUAUAUUGUAACAGCGCUGUUGCGCUUAAAAUUGAUAAAUGGUGUUGUCCGAACAGGUUCUGCUUUUGGUUGGGAUUAGGGUUGUCACAAAUAAUCUUGGUACAAAAUAAUAUCUAACUUACACGGUGGAGACACACUUAAACAACCGUAGUGUUAUAACUAAAUCAUUAAUUAUCUUGGCACGUCAACAAAACACAUCGCUUGCGUUGUCGUCUUCAGUUGAAGCCAAACAGUAACCAGACCUGCAUAUUAAUUUAGGAAAUAUACGUAAAAUAUUUAGUCUAACUCUAAAUCUUGAGAGUUGAACCCAAGAUGUCUUAUGUGUAAAUCUACUGUACAUUAUUUGCAUUGUAUUGUAUCACACACACACAAACUCACACACAAUAUGACUUGCGUUGUUUUUAUCGGUACAUUGCUAUAAUUUUUCUUGAAUCACCCACUGGUAUUAGAUUUACCUAUGACUGCCGAUGAAUUAGGGCAGUAACAAAUAAUAUUUAAAUAAAUAAUAAAGUUCUUAAAAUUCUAAAUAAGAUAAACUAACCAACUACGAUUUGACUGGUUCAUGGUCAUCACCACAUGCUUCGCUGUAAAAUGAGCACUAGGUUUGAACAUAUUGAUUUUCAUAAUACAUUUGGAUAAAUAAGGUCAAUGUUAACUAAUUUAUACAUAAAAAGCAAAGAUUAACUGGAUAUUUGCAAAAUAAAUAAGAUUAUAAAAUUUCAAAAUCUAUUAAAAAUCUUUUAUCGUAAUUAGAUAAAAGUUCAUACAGUUUUAGCUUCCUUACAUUAAAUGUGACAUUUUUUAAUAUAUGAACUAUAAACAUAAAUGCACAAAUAACAAAGAUAUUGGUUAUUUUGUUUGAACGCCCAUACAAAUUAACUAUCACUAAGUGCCUACGACGUCAUUAGUUCGUGCCAUUUUGUAUGGGGCGUUUUUCUGUAAUGUUUGUAAUAUUAAGAAUACUUUUGUAACUCACUGUACACUAUUAUUUUGUAUAAGACUUUCGUAGAUGAGUGUACUUUUGGUGAUAAUGAUAUUAUUGACGAUUACUAAUGACUAAUUACUGCUAACUAGAGUAAAGUCCAGAGAUGUUUAUUUACUUUAACUAAAUGAUGUUGUUAUUGUCGUAGCUUAUAAGCUCCUCCACCCAAUAUUGUAGUUAGUUCCUUUCUAGUUCUUUUCGUGUAUAGUAAUACUUAGUACUUUCAUACUAUAAUAAAGUAUUAUUACGUCGUAACGCUGCUGUUGUAUUCUUCAAGACCCCUUCUGUACACCCGAACAUUACAUUUUGGUGUCAGAAGUGGGAUGUCAACAGUAAAUUUAAUAUAUUAAAGUCUAUUGCAAUAUUAUAGCACUUUAAUAAUUUACUUAAAGACUUGUUCCUGAUAAAGUAUUCGACGGGCAAGCUCCAGUUCUUCGCGUUAAAACGUACUGGACAACAAAGGAAGGCGUCUGAAAAUACAACACGAGUUUACUAAGAAGACGAGGUCUACGGUCCAAAAGUUCUCAAGUAACAAGACCAUCAACGAGUCAAUCAAGGCACUGGGCGACUACGGUCUAAUAUCGGCGUUCAAACAAUCGUUGGUACCCAGUUACAGCUAGUUGGUCUCCAGUGGUGUUCGCGCUGCAACGCUUCAACGGCAAACUUCGAAAAGAAGAGGAACUCCGCAAUUAAUUCAAUUACGUACAAGUAAGUCGUAUAAUUGUUGAAUUAUUGUGUCAAAUUAUAUUGUGUUUUUGCAUAUUGUUUUAUAUCGUGUUAUAGGGUUUUUUGUGAAAAAUAAUUAAUAACCUAUAGUAUAUAUUUUAAAAUAACAAAAUGUCUAAAUCAGAACAAACGUUUGUCUCAAGUGGUUAUAUUGAUAUAGGUCUCGCAGAAAGAAUGAUAAAUAAAUACGACGGGGAUAAAUCCAAUUUACAUGUGUUCAUCGAUAACUGCAACAAUGCUUAUCAAUUGUUAAAUCCAAUUUAUAAUGUAGCAUUUGUGUCAGUAGUAUUAUCCAAAAUAGAGGGAAACAUUAGAUCAACACUACUAAACCGAUCUUUUCCUUCAUGGGAAAAUUUAAAAACUCAUUUAUUGGAAAACUAUUCAGAAAAACGUACAUUUGCUCAAUGGCAAUUAGAAUUAAACUCUUGUAAACAAGGUAAUAAUGAAACAGUUUUAAGAUAUUCAAAUAGGGUCGAAAAUUGCUACAUAAAAUUAAUAAAAUCACUAGAUCCAAAAUUAACAAAAGAAGCUAGACAAGCUAACGUAGAGUUAUUAAAAAAUCAAGCUCUUAAUAUUUUUAUUAGUGGUCUCUUACCACAGUUGCAUAUACUAUUGAAAUCUCAAAAACCUACUACCUUAGAAGAUGCAAUUUCAAUAGCAAUAUCAGAAGAACAAGAGAUAAAAUCUAGACAAGAAAUGAGUUUAAAACAUACUUAUAACCCUUUAAUUAAAAGAUGCUCGAUAUGUAAUAAAUUAGGACAUUUUAGUCACCAAUGUCGAAGUCAACCGCAAAUUCGACAAAUGCAGUCAAACCAUUCAAAUAAUAAUAUACCUACUUGUUUUGUCUGUAAGAAAAGGGGACACCUUGCUAGGGACUGUUGGAAUAAUCCAAAGGUAAGUCGUAAUAAUUAUAGUAAUAAUCCUCAAAAUAAUACGUCAAAUCGUUCAAAUAAUAGAAAUUACGGCAACAACAGACAAAAUUAUGGGAACAAUAGGUUUAAUGAGAAUUUUAGAAACAAUAAUAAUCAUUUAAACUCCAAAGGUCUGAGGCCCGUGGCCGACCCGAAGACCGAAAAUUAGAUUCAGGCCGAAUAAGAUAUGUAGAUACACGUAUUUCGUCAUAUGUAAAAUUAGUAUCAAAUAAUAUUUUAGAGAACAAGAAUAAGUUCCUAAUAGAUACAGGAGCCGAAGUAACAUUAAUAAAACUAGAUUCAUUAGAAAAAGAUACGUUGAUAUGUGAAAACCACAAAAUAAAAUUAAAAGGCAUAGAUAAAGAUGCUAGCCCCACCAAUACUUUAGGCAGUGUCCAAUUGACAUUUGAAAUAGGAGACAAAAGAGUUAAUCAUACACUUCACGUGGUACCCGAUUACUUUCCUAUUCAAUGUAAUGGAGUAAUAGGUGGCGAUUUCUUAUCAAAAACGGGGUCAAUUAUUAGUUAUGAAGAUGAUAUAAUACGUAUAUGUGGUAUAUAUUAUGAUAUUGAACAUGAAAAAAUAAGAUAUAGUAAUAUGAGUGAAGAUACUUUAGAAAAUGAUAUAUUUGAUGAAGAAAAUUAUGAUAAAUGUUAUAAUGAUAAUGAAAGUAAUAGCGAAGUUUAUCCGCAAAAUAUAGUGAGAAAUGAAAUGAUAAAAAGAAAAUAUAGAAGUUAUAAAGGCUGUGAUGGUUACCCACAGAUAAAUAAAAAUGAUAAUGAAAGUAAUAGCGAAGUUUAUCCGCAAAAUAUAGUGAGAAAUGAAAUGAUAAAUAGAAAAGAUAGAAGUAAUAAAGGCUGUGAUGGUUAUCCACAGAUAAAUAAAAAUGAUAGAAAUGAUACAGACUGUGACGUUUAUCCACAGGUAGAUAAAAAAUGUAAAAGUAGUAUAGACUGUGACGUUUAUCCACAGGUAGAAAAAAAUUAUAAGAAUAGUUUAGGCUGCGACGGUUAUCCGCAGAUAAAUCAAAAUGAUAGAAAUAAAGUAGACGGUGAUGUAUAUCCACCGAUAAUUAAAACUAGAAAUGAGAGUGAAUAUAAUAAGUUAGAAAUAAACUGUGAAGUUCAUCCACAGAAAUUGAAUAAAAAUAUGAGUAAUAAUGAAAAGAGUUGUGUUAUAGAACCAAGAUGUGAAAAAGUUAUAUCGAUUUGUAUAGAGAACUCUAAUUUGAAGGAAGGACUAAUAUCGGAACCAAUUAAGUUAUCCGACGGUGUUUAUUUAUGUCCUAGUAUUGUUAAAGUUAAUGAAAAUAAAGCACUAACGGUAUGUUUGAAUACGACUGAUAAGGAAGUCAAAAUAAAUAAGUUGUUUGUGAAAUUAGAACCAUUAGUUAAUGAGUUACAGGAAACGAAUGAGAUAAUUAGUAUAAACAAAGUUACGAAUGAAACGGCAUAUAAAGGAAAUCGUAUAGAUAAGUUAAAGCAAACAUUGAGAACUAGUCAUUUAAACAAAGAAGAAAAGGAAUCAUUAUUAGAAUUAUGUUUACAAUAUAAUAAUAUAUUUCAUUUAGAAGGUGAUCCACUGUCAUCAACAGAUACAGUAAUGCAUGAGAUACCUACACACAGUAAUAUUCCUAUUAAUACAAAAUCAUAUAGGUAUCCAGAAGCACUAAAGGAAGAGGUUAACGAACAAAUAGGAAAAUUAUUGAAAGAUGGAAUAGUUAAACCAUCUAAUAGUCCAUGGAAUUCUCCAGUAUGGAUGGUACCUAAAAAGAUGGACGCUUCAGGUAAAAAGAAAUGGCGACUUGUAAUAGAUUUUAGGAAAUUAAAUGAGAUUAGCGUAGGUGAUGUUUAUCCAUUACCUCAAAUAAGCGAUAUAUUAGAUCAGUUAGGAAAUAGCAGAUAUUUCACUACAUUAGAUUUAGCAUCGGGAUUCCAUCAAAUUAAAAUGAGUCCAGAAGAUCAAGCUAAGACAGGAUUUAGUGUUCCUUCAGGUCAUUAUGAAUACACUAGAAUGCCUUUUGGAUUAAAAAAUGCACCUGCAACAUUUCAAAGAUUAAUGAAUAACGUUUUAGUGGGUUUACAAGGAAUUAAAUGUUUUGUUUACCUUGAUGACAUAGUAGUAUAUGGAAAUUCAUUACAAGAUCAUAAUUUAAAAUUAAAAGAAGUAUUUGAUCGAUUAUCUUUACAUAAUUUAAAGCUUCAACCAGAUAAAUGUGAAUUUUUGAAGACAGAAGUUAUGUAUUUAGGACAUUUGAUUACACAAGAAGGUGUUAAACCUGAUCCGAAGAAAAUAGAAUCAGUAAAGAAUUUUCCGGUUCCUAAAAAUCCUAAAGAAAUAAAAAGCUUUUUAGGUUUGGCAGGUUACUAUCGAAGGUUUAUAUUAGACUUCAGUAAACUUAGUCAACCUCUUACUAAAUUAUUAAAGAAAGAUGAAGUUUUUAAUUGGACAAGCUUACAACAACAUUCUUUUGAAACUUUAAAAACAAAGCUAUGUGAAGAACCAAUUUUAAUAUAUCCAGAUUUUUCAAAAACUUUUAAUUUAACAACGGAUGCUAGUAAUUACGCGAUAGGCAGUGUUUUAUCUCAAGGUUUAGGUUCAGAUGAUCAUCCGAUAGCAUACGCUAGUAGAAUUUUAAAUAAAAGUGAAAUAAAUUAUUCAACAACAGAAAAAGAAUUAUUAGCGAUUGUAUGGUCAAUAAAACAUUUUAGACCAUAUUUGUACGGACGUAAAUUUCAAAUUAUAACUGAUCACAAACCAUUGACAUGGUUAAUGAAUGUUAAAGACCCAGGUUCUAGGUUAGUCAGAUGGAGGCUAUUACUAGAAGAAUACGAGUAUGAAAUAGUAUAUAAACAAGGGAAAUUAAAUCAAAAUGCUGACGCAUUAAGUAGAAUAAAACCAGAAAAUAUGGUUAUUGAGAAUAUUAAAAUAUAUAGUGUGACGAAAAACGGAGAAAACUAUUCAAACUUUUUGAAAGAAAUGGAAAGAAAACCAAUUCUGUUUAAUAAUCUCGAAGAAUAUAAUGAUAAACUUCCUAAUAAUGUAGAUAAGAUAGUAUUUACAUCAGUUGAUUUAGAUGUACAAAAUGAAAAGAAUUUAUUAGAAUAUGAAUCGUAUAUAAAAGAAUUAAAAACUAAGAAACCUAUUCAAUAUGAAGUUUUAAGUAUAUUAGAUAAUAAUAAGAAAGUUUAUUUUACAUAUCCAAAGAUUAAUUAUUGGGAUAGUGUAACUUAUGAAGAUUUAUUUGAAUGUUUUAAGAAUUUGAAACAUGCUUUAUUAGAAGAGAAUACGAACGAAAUAAAUUUAACUAGUUUUUGUAACUUUCAUCUUAAAUGGCAUAAAAUAAGAACUAUAAUAAGAUAUAUAUUUAAGGAUACAAACAUAAAAAUUAAUGUUUUUCACGGGAUAGUUCAAACCCCAAAAAGGGAGGAUAUACCAUUGAUUUUAGAAGAAAAUCAUUCAAAUAUAAUUUCAGGUCAUAUAGGGUUUCACAAAACUUAUAAGAAAAUAAAAGCUAAAUAUAAAUGGGAAACUAUGAAGAAAGACAUUAAGGAUUUUAUUAAUAAAUGUGAAUCUUGUCAAAAGAAUAAAAUAAAUAGGAAAAAGCAGAAGCAUCCAAUGGAAAUUACUUCUACUUCUACAGAAGCUUUCCAGAAGAUUGCUCUCGAUAUUGUAGGUCCUUUACCGUUAACAGAAGAUGGAAAUAAGUAUAUUUUAACUUUACAAGAUGAUUUAACGAAAUAUUCACAAGCUUAUCCAUUACCUAAACAUGAUGCUGAAACGAUUGCAGAUUGUUUUGUUAGAAAUUUUAUUUGUAAAUUUGGAAUACCUGAAACUUUAUUAACAGAUCAAGGAGCAGAUUUUACUUCUAAUUUAAUCAAAGAAGUUUCAAAAUUAUUUAAAAUAAAGAAAAUUAAUACUAGUGCAUACCAUCCACAAUCUAAUGGUGCAUUAGAACGUAGUCACUCAACCUUAGCAGAUUAUUUAAAACAUUAUGUUAAUGAAGACCAAAGUAAUUGGGAUAAAUGGAUUGAUUUUGCUAUGUUUUCUUAUAAUACGAGUGUACAUACAUCAACUCAGUUUACACCAUUUGAAUUAAUAUUUGGUUUUAAAGCAAAUUUACCAAGUUCUAUAAGUAAAGAUCCUGAAUUUAAAUAUUUUUAUGAUACAUACUUAGACGAAUUAAUUUUAAAAUUAAGAAAAUCAAGAGAAAUAGCAAGAAAUAAAUUGAUAAAUUCCAAAGAAUAUAAUAAACAAAUAUAUGAUAAGAAAAGUAAAGACGUAAAAUUUGAAAUAGGAGAUUUAGUAUAUUUAAGUAAUGAAUCAGUAAAACCUGGUAGGUCACGAAAAUUAUCACCUUACUGGUUAGGUCCUUAUAAAAUAAUUAAAGUUAAUUCUUCAACAAAUGUUACGAUUAAGAUUAAAAAUAAAAAUGUAGUUGUACAUAUUAAUAGGCUGAACAUGCGUUUGUUUCAGAAUGAACGUCGUUCGUGUUAUAGUAUUCCUGACAUGGAUACCGUAUGUAAUUAGUAAUAAUAAUUCAUUUAAUAUUAGUACAAUAGAUAAGGGAGGCAUAUAUUUUGAAAAUUUAGGAAAAGUAAAUCACUUUGAUAGUGAAUGGAACUUGAUAACAUAUAUAAAUAUAGAAGAUAUAAAUAAGAAAAUUAAUAUGAUUCAUAAUACCUAUAUGAAUACUAAAGCUAUUUGUAACCAUGAAAAGUUUACAACAUUUUCAUUAUGUCAAACGUCUCUUUUAAUAUUAGAACAAAUAAUUCCUCAAUUAACAAAUCAGGAAAAUGUUCUGAAAGAAUUAACUAGUUUUCGUAAUAAUAGAGUAAAACGAUCUUACAUAGAUGGUGUAGGUAGUAUUUUUAAGGUACUCUUUGGUACCCUUGAUGCAGAAGAUGCAAAGAAAUAUAAUAGUGCAAUUGAACAUUUAGAUUCAAAUGAGCAUGAGAUGUUAAACUUGAUUAAAGUUCAAGCUAAUAUAAUAAAAUCAACUAUUUCUAAUUUCAAUUCAACUAUCACAGAUUUAAAUAAUAAUGAAAGGAUAUUUAAUGAAAAUUUACAAUUAUUAUCAAAUUAUACUAAGGAUAUUGGUGAAAAAAUAUUUAGUAUCAAAAUGAAGCAAGAUAUUGACGAACACAUGUCAUUAUUGACUUUAAUAACUACUGAAGUAGAAAAUGAAAUUUCGACUAUUGUAAAUGCUAUACUGUUUGCGAGAAAUAAUGCUAUUCACCCGGUAAUAAUAACUCCAGAACAAUAUGGAAUUGAAUUAAGGAAAACCUUAUCAUAUUUACCACCUCAGACAAAAUACCCUUUAGAAAUUAUUGAUAAAAAUAUACCAGAAUUGUUUUCAUUAGUAAAUCUUGUGUCUUAUGUAACUAAUAAUAAAAUUGUUUUUGUUAUUAAAACUCCGUUAAUAACUCAAGCUAGUUAUGAUUUGUAUCAAGUAUUGCCAGUUCCAAUUAAGAGUACUGACAAAACGUUUAUAUUUAUUUUACCUAAUUUUAAAUAUUUUUUGAUAUCUAAUAAUAAAAUUCAUUAUACUAGUUUAGAGAAUUUAAGUCAAUGCAAGAAAGUUUAUAACAACGAAAAAUACAUAUGUAAAUUAGAAAAACCUCUGUAUUCGGUCCAUACGAAUAAAAUAUGUGAAACUGAACUUUUAUAUGGUAACACAAAAUUACCUACUGUUUGUGAUACUAGGGUAGCUUAUAUACCAAUAGAGCAAUGGUAUAAGUUACAUCAAGAUAAUAAUUGGUUAUUUGUUACACCAAAUAAAGUUAUUGGUACAUUAAAUUGUAGAAAUAAAGAACCAAUUGACAUCGAAUUAGUAGAUACAGGGAUAAUUCAACUUACAGAAGGAUGUAAAUUGUACACAACAAACAUUAUGUUACAAACUAAUAGUAAGAAUUUAGAAAGUAGUUAUAAUUCUGUUUUACCACACAUUGAUAUUCUUACAGAUGAAUGUUGUAAGAAAAUAAGAAACAAAAAUAUAACUAAUAUACAUUUCAUUCCAUUGAAAUAUCAUGAAAAAAUAGAUUUAGAAAGUUUAAAUUUAGCGAGUCAUAAAGUAGAUACUAUUACUGAUGCUAUUAACAAAAUGGAAAACGAAACUAUAUUAGACAAAGUCGUUAACAAUGUUUAUUUAGCAUACAUAUUCUUUUCGAUUUUAAAAAUGGUUUUUGUUUAUGUUAUAUACCGUUUAGCUAAAUAUAUAUGGAGAAGACAUUUCUUUUGUAACAGAAAUGAUAGAAUAUUAGCAUUAGAAGACACUAGGUCUUGUUGUGCAAGAAUAACUAAUUGUAUAACAUUAAAAGUAAACAAUGAAAAUAGAGAUAUAGAAUUAGACGAAAUUCCUUCAGAAAAUUCUGAAACACCUUUAAGGCGUAGUGCCAGAAUUGCUCAAUUGAAAGUAAAUUGAUUUGUUCAAAAUGAAUAAGUAUUAUGUUAUUAUUAAGUUACAAUUAUGUUAUAAGAAUUAAUAUUGUAAAAUGUGUAAUCAUUCAUUAUGAUAUAAGGUUUGAAAAAAGAUUUAAUUUGUGAACAAAUAAAAAUAAACUGUGUUUAUUUUCUUAAAGGGGGAGGAUUGUAAUGUUUGUAAUAUUAAGAAUACUUUUGUAACUCACUGUACACUAUUAUUUUGUAUAAGACUUUCGUAGAUGAGUGUACUUUUGGUGAUAAUGAUAUUAUUGACGAUUACUAAUGACUAAUUACUGCUAACUAGAGUAAAGUCCAGAGAUGUUUAUUUACUUUAACUAAAUGAUGUUGUUAUUGUCGUAGCUUAUAAGCUCCUCCACCCAGUAUUGUAGUUAGUUCCUUUCUAGUUCUUUUCGUGUAUAGUAAUACUUAGUACUUUCAUACUAUAAUAAAGUAUUAUUACGUCGUAA